AUGCCGCGUCCUGUGCGUGGCGCGUCCCGCUUGUCGCCCACACCCGGCGCAGUACCUGCCACCCCCUCGAAUCUCCCGUCAAAGAACAUCCGGUACUACAACGAGCCGCUGGGCCCGCCGUCCGAUGUGCUUGACCCAGCUGCCUUUGCGAAGCGUGUGGAGGACGCACUCGCGCUGGCGCAGUCGAAACUGGCGGAGAUCAAGCAGGGCUGGUCGGAAUUGGGUGUCGAGGUCGAGGAGGUCCUGAAGGAGAGGUGCAGCGUCGACGACUUGCGCGCCGAGAACGACCAGAUCCGCAACGACUCGCUCAUCCGCCCCGACUUGCAGCACUGGGUCGAGGACCGCUGGCUCCCGCCGAACCGUCCACGCCCACCUCGUCCGCACGAGAGGCGCGCGCAAGCGGCGAAGGAGGCGGCGAAGCCAGUCCAGGGAGUUGAGCCGCAGGUAGACGGCGAACCCGAACCCGAACCUUUCAAGCUGCCGGGACAGGCUGCGCUCGACAAGGCUUUCGAAGAGGCGGAGCAAUCCGGGCUCAAUCUACUCAAGCGUCCGGAUGUCAGUCACUACCUUCGCAAGAGCAAGAUGCCCGACUUCAACUCGCUCAUCCUGCUGCGUCCAAGCGAGAUCGACGUUGCGCCUCCCGCUCGCACCGACCCGCUCGCCCACCUCGUCUACACGAUCACCUUCCACUCCAUCCCUCGCAUCGUGCACAAGACUCCCUACUCGGUCCAGCGCCAGACACUCGUCUGUCUCGGGUCCAGCACGCUCUCGCACAUUCGCUCCAACCUAAUGAUUGGUGGCGACAACGUCCCUGUCGAGAAGAGCGGCGAAUCGGAUGACGAGGAAAAGCAAGAGGCUGAGAAGGAUACGGAGGAAGACGAGGUCGAAGACGAGGACGAAGCGGAGGAGCAGCCGGAAGCGAUUGAGGUCUACGACCGUCCGCAGCAAAGGCUGGCAGGGAACUUUGGAGGCGAGUCCGGCGAGGAGGAGGCGGAAGAGAGACCGACGCAGUGGAAGAACGAGCGAAGGGUGACGGGGGCGGCUUUCGUUGCUGAAGGACGGAUCUACGCGGACGACGCGCCGGGCGUGAGCGACUAUGCCGACAUACUCCUCAAAGGGAUCGCUGCGAUCGACAAGCGCGCGGCGGACGAAUCUGCGGUCGAAGUCAACGACCUCCCGAACCCUCACGCCAAUCACGCCGCAGAAGUCGCCGCCGCCAUCCAAGCUGCGUCGCAGGUCCCACCGCUCGUCGCUCGCUCGGGAUCCAAACUUGACUACGUCCGGGGCUCGCCGCUCAGGGAGGCGAAGCUUGGGGAGAUGCCGCUCAGGAUGGGCCAGCCGUACUUAUUCGUCCACCAGGGUAAUUCGGAGCACAUCUGGACCGUCGAUGACGUGCGCUACUUGCACCCGUCCGAUCCUUCCCCUUUCCCGCCCGAAGGCGACGCCGACGACGCCCCUCCUCACCGCCUCGUCUACCCAGUCACGACGCACCUCUCGCGCCAGAUCGGUCAGUCGAGGUGCAUCGUCUGCGACCGCGAAGCGAUCGAGCUUGCGGUCCUCAACGACGAGCUUCUCGGCGAGUCGCCUGCGCUGAUCUGCCGGUCUUGCUUCGAGGCUGUUCAUCCGCCGAAACGGAAGGAGCGCGAGGACGAUGCGAAGGGGAAAGGAAAGAGGCGGAAGGUCGACGUCGGGCACGAGCGUGUGAGGGACAGGGACAGGGAGUCCAUGGACGGCGUCCAAGUCGUGCCUAUCCUCAUCGAGCGGUAA